AUGGUUGGAAGUUCUAAUUUUAUUGUUUCGUUUUCUUGCUGCACUAAAGGAACGUCUCAAGACAAUCUGCCAUACCCUUGUUGUUUUCUUCCUUACACAGACUUCAGUCCAGACGACUGGGGGCCGGAGUUCCCUCUGAGCACGUCCUCCAGAUAUACAAUACCAAUGCCGACUCUCUACAGCACUGAAGGUUACAAAUUCAAAAAACCGAGUAUAAUAGAACUGGUGUUAUACAACAUGGCGGCGCUGUUAGGUGGAGUGGCGGCCGGGUAUGACGUCAGAGUGUCGAAUGUUAGCCCUCUGCAUCCCACCUUACAGCCGCAUAGGCCAGAAUUAGAAACCGAAGUGAUAGCGCCAUCUAUAUACGAGGGGUACGGCUUUGCGCACAACACGUACCACGGACCGACCAGGCACCUGAGAGCACCCCUCAACGCUAUUACUGGAUCCCCCAUAUCAAGUCUCCAAACUGAUGAACAGAAACCAAUCCGGUUCACAGACUCCCCCACGCACUACGCACACCCAUCCUCCUCAUCCGGCUACGGCCACUCGGCGCAGCCACUAUCCGGCACUUCGGGACUGGGAACUAACUACACAUCCACCCAACCUACCCCAUCACCACGACGAACAUCAUCCACCACAUCUGACCAUCUAGCCGACUUGUACCACAAUUACAGAGAAAACUUCCAACCAUCGUCAUCCCAAGACAGAAUACACCAAGAUUUCUACUAUCGAAAUGAACCGUACACCUUCGAAAGGACGGCAGAUUAUGUAGUAAAACACCCCUACUACGGUUACGACGAGUGCUCGUUUGACUAUAGAGAACCGUCAGAAUUCAGACAAUACCAUCGACGGACGCCAUCGAAUUCAUCAGCAACUAACUCCCAUCAUGAAGAGUUCUCGCCAUCGAGACAGUAUAGGGAAAAGUUUCCCAACAGACCGGAAGUAAGGAAAGAGUAUCCCCGGAAAACAAACGAUUAUUCCCUCCCGCGAGAUUACUAUCAAGAAGAUUCAGAGCGAGCCAACUUGGGUCUAGAAUUAGGACCGACGAAACUAAGAUCUAGUUUGAAGAAAUACAAGAAGAAUGCCUCAGGAGCGAGCACCCCAACGAACCCCACACCACCUGAUAGUUUGAGUGAGACGGACAGUUCGUAUGUUUCGGCUCGGGAUGCGUCCAGUGGGUCGGCUCGUGUCCGCUUCAGUCCUGAGGCGAUAGCGGAUAGAAAGAAACAUACG